AGCCUCAGGAUCGGUAAAGCCCCCGGCUCUCACAGUAUGCACUCCUUCCUGCAGCAGUGUGCUGUCGCCCUGAGGAAGCCCAAUGCUCACACAGCCCACAGCACAGUGGGUAGGAGCCUCAGCUCAGACCUACACAGGAACACCACCCUAGAUGUCGUCCACGAAGACAUGAACAUGGGAUCAGACGGAGAGAGUGACCAGGCUUCAGCGACAUCAUCCGAUGAAGUCCAGUCCCCGGUUCGAGUCCGAAUGCGUAAUUCCGUCCGGAAAAUUUCCACUGAGGACAUUAAUAAAAGACUCUCCCUUCCUGCUGACAUCCGCCUCCCUGAGGGGUAUUUGGAGAAAUUCGCCAUGAACAGCCCGCCCUUCGACAAGCCCCUCAGCAGGAGAUUACGUCGGGUUUUCUCUC